AUGUCGUCUGAUCUAGCCUAUAUUGCAUUUCUAUCAUCCAUACAAAAGUACUUGUUUCAAUACGGAGGUCCCAUACUCAUAGCUAUUGGUACAUUCAGUUGCAUACUGAGCCUCAUCGUCUUUGCCAGGAAGAAUCUACGAAACAAUCCAUGUUCCAUCUAUCUAAUCGCACUCAACAUCGCCAAUCUCCUCUUGAUUUACACAUCAAUAUUAAUAACAGUAUUGGUGUAUGGUUAUAAUAUGUACGAUCUUUUAACCAGUUUAGCCUUCUGUCGUUUUUACCUUUACAUUACUGUUCUCUCCGAUAUAUUACCACCUUCUUAUCUCAUCUUGGCUUCGAUUGAUCGAAUCCUCAUUACAUCCCCAAAUGCUGUGACUAGAAGAAAAAGCACCCGUCGCCUUGCUUAUAUAUCCAUUGCUGUAGUGACAAUAUGUUGGGUGUGUGCUCACAGCUAUAAUAUAAUCCUAAUGCAACUUAUACAGAUUGCACCAAGUUACUAUAUAUGCUAUCUUUCACAAAAAUUACAAGAAGGUCAGGCUUACUAUUCACUCAUCGUGAAGGCUAUUAUAGUGCCUACAAUGAUGAUCGUGCUUGGUUUAUAUCCGAUCAGAAAUAUCCGUCGCGUGCAUCGAAACAGAGUUGUUGCUGUAGCCUUAUCUAGAAGUGAAACGGGUGGUGGCGACCUAUAUGCAGUUAACUCAAAACAGAUGCAAUUGGCUCGAAUAACGCUGGCUAAUAUAGGUGUUUAUCUGAUCUUCAGUUUGAUGAUUACGAUUGUUCUUAUGUACCAAGGAAUCACUCAAUAUAGUGACAAAACUUAUCUACAAAUUCAAAUCGAAAAUCUUGUCGUGAAUGUGGCAAGAUUCAUUGAUUUCAUUCCAUUUUGCGUAGAUCUUUAUACAAAUAUAUUCGUCUCGAAAACAUUUCGCAAUGAGAUCAAGAAAUUAUUUACAUUGGCAAAUUGA